GGACCGGCCACGGGUAUAUAUAUACCAGACGUUGAGAACCUUGAGAGUCAAUUUAUCGCCACUAAUGCUCGCAUCUCUAUUCAAUACGUCCAAACCCCACACCCGACUUCCGGACUCGCCCUAGUUCGACUACUUAAACCGUCAAAAUGGUCUUUGUUGGCAGCUGCAUGUGUGGAGCGAUUGCGUACAAGAGCACCAGCGAGGAGGCGACUGCGGCCCUGUGCCAUUGUCUUGAUUGCCAAAAGUGGACUGGUGGCGCCUUUACCUCCAACGCCGUGGUCCCCGCGGACUCGUUCUCCGUCACCAAGGGCACGCCCAAGCAGUGCGACAUCAUCGCUGCCUCGGGUAAGAUCAACCACCACUUCUUCUGCGGCGACUGCGGCUCCAGCCUGUUCACCAAGCUUGACGUGAUGGAGGGCAAGGUCAUCAUCAAGGCCGGCGGCCUGGACGAGGGCAAGGCCAACUUGAACAACAAGAUCGACGUCGAGUUCUAUUGCAGGGACCGUGUUGGAUACUUGGCUGCUAUGGAGGGCGCAAAGCAGGAGCACCUCUUUAUUUGAGGCGAUGGGAAAUGAAUAAUCACGACUCGUGUGGAUUGGCUGCCGGGUAUAUGCACCCAGAUCUAGAUCUCUAAUCGAGAUUUACUCAACCUUUUCAGUCGACCCUAGUAAAGCUGUCAAUCGAGCUAUUUAUAGGCUCAACGUCGUAUUUUCU